CAGGGUCAGAGUUGAAACCGAGAAGGAGGAGGGCUCGUGCUUGGACUGUUCGCGGGAAACGUCCCAAAACAAAACGGCGCGACCCAUUUCUCACACACUUAAAACCAAUCAAUGCGUCAAGCUAAUCGAUCAGAUCGAUAGGAGCGUCUGUUUCGGACGCGGAACUAGAGCAGCCAAAUACUAACGGCACUACCAAACUGAGAGGGCGACUGACAUUUACUAGCUAAGCUACUUGAGGUAGCCUCAAGCUAACACAACAGGGCUAAUCUGUUAGCCGUGAGAGGCAACGGUUGUCCCUGACGCGAGGCUACAGUUAGCGGCUUGAAGGACUCGGUUACCGGGACAGAAAUGGCGGAAAGACCCGAAGACCUGAACCUUCCCAACGCGGUGAUCACCCGCAUCAUCAAGGAGGCGCUCCCAGAUGGGGUGAACGUGUCGAAAGAAGCCAGGAGAGCCAUUUCCCAAGCUGCCAGCGUGUUUGUGUUGUACGCGACGUCCUGUUCCAACAACUUUGCUAUGAAAGCCAAACGGAAAACUCUCAACGCGGGCGACGUGUUGGCUGCGAUGGAGGAAAUGGAGUUUGAGAGAUUCUUGGAGCCGCUCCGAGAAGCUCUGGAAGUCUACAAGAAGGGCCAGAAGGGAAAGAAGGAAGUGUCGGAGCAGAAACGCAAGGAUAAAGAGAAGAAAGCCGACUCUGAGAACGACAAGAGCAGGGAGGAGGAAGAGGAGGACGAGGAGGAGCGCAUGGAGGAGGAGCCUGAAGCCGAGAACGAGGCGGAGGAGGACGAGGAGGAGGAAGAGGAGGAGGUGGAGAACUGAUGGAAGAGAGGACGCCCACGCAUGAUGAAAUGCACCCCUUCCCCCUCAAGGGAUGCUCGGUCAUCAGAAUGAGCUGGGGGAGGGGGGGGGGGAACAUAAAUAACUUCUAUGUGCAGCUGCUGUCAAUCAAACCUCAAGUCCAACUACACUUGUCUUUGAUCUUUUGUACAUAUCUUUUGAUAAAAACUGUUGACAAACAUUAGUUGGCAGAGUUUCUCUGGAAGGAGGAACGUCGCUGAGACUGUUUCACCGCGUCCAGUUGAGAUGACCUUCAAACGGUACCAGUUAGAAACACAAAGCGUCUUUGGUCCAACCACAAGUGGGCUCACAGCAGACAUUAAAAUGAGUCUCCAACGGCGCCGCCAGGUCGGAUCGCGCGUCUCCGCUCUCAAUGCAAAUCGAGCCAAACGUCGCCCGACUCUGCAAAGGCCAGACGUGUCGCUUCGACGUGGAGGCGUUUAGUCUGCCAGAAAUAAACGCUGGUAGAAUCUCAA